GCCGAGUCCUGUGGCAGGGGCUGGCCAGCCUGGAGAAGGCAGGCGGUCAAGGGGUUGGAACCCUUAAUGGAUUUAAAGGUUGAACGUAAAUAGCCCUAAAGGUUGAGUGGAAGUAGGUGUGUGUGCUGGGUAGAAGAACAAGAACUUGUGUGUGGGGAGUUGUUUUUUGGGGUCUCGGAUAUUAAAAGUAGUACGAUUCCAGAGGCCGGCAAGAUCUGGGUCAGGGCAGGCAUUGGAGGCCAGAGGGCUGGGUGGCUUGCGCAAUGACUUUCCUGGUGGGAGUUUGACAAAAGGGAGAGAUCAGGAUGUCUUCUUCCCAGGGGUGGGAUAGGUGCCUAAAGUCAAGUUUUAUGUUUCUCAGGAGGUUUGGGCGUAGUCCUCCUGGGAGGAAAAGAAACGUGGUGUGGACUGACUCUUCAGAGGCCUUGAUUAGCUUGAACAGUGAGCCGUGAGGACUCGGAUUAGCUGGGGAAGCCGUUGUUGAGACAGAGGGUGCCGCCCGGAGUUCCUUGCAGGAGCCUUCAGGACCAGAGGAGCGUGUCACCGAGCUUCCCGCGCUGUGACCUGUUCUCUCUGCGUGGCUCCCCUGGGGCCCAUCUCAGAGCCACGCCCAGCACCUCUGUCCCCGGAGCCCCCAGGUUGGCGCACAGUUGUAUGGCGUUUCUAAGGUGAUGUUCUCUGUGGAGAAAUGGAGAUGCUGUGCAAGUAGGAAGGUUUUUUUAGUUUUCUCUUUAACCAAAUACGCACGCACUUUUAGCUCAACCUUACUCUUGUCAACAGGCUCCUGUGUUUUGCCACGUAAAUAACCCAGAACGAAACCCUGCUGGCGGCCGUUUGCCUCUGUUGCUGCAAAGUGCGGCAGUCGGUGGCCUUGCGCGUGAAAUCCUGCCCAUGUUCCGGACCGUUUCAGUUUGAUUUUUCUCAUUUGAGAUUUGUGUCCUUCGUGCUGUCUCGUGGCCGUGAGCCCUGCUCGGGGCCCAUUCUCUGUAGUCUGGAAAUGUGAUUUGCAGAGUGUGCCGUUUGUUUUGACACAGUCUUGUGGUAACGACAUGGGUUCCAAGGAGGCUGUCACGCUGGGGUCUCCCCGAAUGGUGUCCCGGGUGUGCACACGCCCUGUGAGUGAACCUUUGAUGAGGACACUGGGAGGUGGGGAAGGCUCGGGGGUUGUGCAGAGGAGACCGAGAAAGCCGGAAGAGCCCCGGGCGGCGGGCUGUCCCUUUGCUCCUCCCUGCGUCUCCCUCCCGUGUUCUUUGAGCCUCCCUGUAUAGAACCGGCGCCAGGAAGACCCCGAGGAACUCCUCGCGUGGGGCCGGGGCUGGGACCCCUGAACCCUCCUCCCAGCUCCUCGGGGAAGGAGCCACAGUGCCCUCGCUCAGUUUCCUGUCUGCAAACCAGAUGUGAGCUGCCCCUCUCAGGGACACCCCAAAGGAAUGUGGGUUUGAACUGAGAUCGCCUUCCUGGCCAGUUUUGGAGCCUGGGAAAAAAAGAGCCGCCUUCGGCAAAACGCUCUAGCUGGUUUUGUGGUUUUUGUAGUUGCAAGUCCGGCUGACUGUGGGUCUGGGCUUGGAGGUUGUAUUCCCCAUGGGAGGGCCGGGGUUAGAAGAGCCGGCCCUGCUCUUGUGGCUUUAACUGAGAGCGCGUCUUUUCCCCCCCUGACCGGCCAGGUCCUGGGCAGGAGCUGGUGUGGGUUCCUGCCAGCAGCUGUGACUGGAUGGUGCGGUUACCUUUUAUUUAAUGCCACCCACUCUCCUCGCCCCCUGCCUGAGGGGGGUGGUGGGGAGAAGGGGGACGCUCUGUUUCCAGUUUGUGGCGCUGUCCCAGAAGCUCAUGAUUUGGUACCUAAGAGUCAAAUGAAGCAGCUGGGGGAGAGGCCCAACAUGGCAGUGAGUUAGAAUUUGUAGGACAAACUGGUUUCCUUUCUCCGAUUGUAGGGAAGGUACGUAGAGCAUCAGUCUGCGUCUCUCUCUUUCCACACCCACACUCGUGUGUGCCUUCUCUGACCUGGAACGCCAGUGAGGGAUAGUAGGGCCUAGAACCGUGAAAUUGUCUCUCUCGGUUAUGGGAGUUCUUAAUGUGGUAUUCACGUAUGGGCUUCAGAAGGUUCACAGUCUCCUGAAACUGCCUGCAAAAUUACGUGGGCAUGUUUCUUGAGGGAGGGGCCGUAGCUUUCAUCGGGUUCCCAGAAGGAUCUCUGAUUCCUGAAAGGUAGCAGCCUCUGCUUUGAGAUUUGAGUCUUGGGCCUGAAAAGCAGUGACUGGCAUUCGUGGGGUUCCCACCACACACAAGGCAUCGCCAGGCAUUCACGUGCAUUCUUUCUUUUGAGCCUCUAAACCCUGGGGGGGGGGGGAGAGUAUUUUGAUUAUUCCUCUCUCACUGAUGAGGAGGUGGGGCCCCUCAUGUGUCUAGCACACUAGACACAGAAUGAUGGUUCACUGGAGCUGGGACUUGAGCACGGAUGGUCCGAUUCUGGAACUCAGCCUCCACACCGUGCUAGGUGGUUCCACAGUGACUCUGGGGCGUAGCCGCCCUGUCCCUCUGCACUGCCAGGAUUCUGAUGUAGGACUCCACUGGCCCUGAGUUGGAACAGUUACCCACCUGGUUUCCACAUCUCUGGAGGGGCUGGAGGGAGGAGGUUGUCUUUGUGAGGUCAGAUCUGUUUAAUUUGUAUCUCCGUUCUGUGACUCGAUUGUCCUCAGUGUAAGCUCCAGAACUAGGAAUCCACGGCCCUGGCCCCUGGGGUCACCGUGAGCAUAAGAUCAGUUAUUAAUGUACCUGAAAGGAUUUUGGAAGCCGUGGAUGCCGUGGGAUUAUGUCAGGACAGUGGCGUUGGCGCUCUUCUUAGGAGAGUGGACAGCCUCGGGCUCAGAAGGACAGCACCUGCCCGGUCCAAAGGUAGGAGACCCAGCACUGUUUAUCUCAGCUGCCUGUGGUCAGAAGUACAUUCUGGACAGAGGUGGUGAUGUAACCGGGCUUGGUGUGGGUAUUGAAAAAUUCCUCUUUGCUCUUUCCCCAUUUUAGGUUUGCCCUUUGUGUCAAGUCAAAUAUUUAUCGAGUGUUUCUGAGUACAGAAAUAGGGUGUGAGAGUCAUCGGAGAGCUCUGCUCUGUACAGAAGCAGAGCCCCUCUCCUUAUGGAAUGCAUGGUCUUGUUGACGGGCAAGGGCAGCACGUGUGUAGAUGAAGAGAGGCGUAUGGCUCCUGUCCCACGUUCUCAAGGGACAGACUCAUCGGUUCCAGCAGUGGGGGGUGGUCAGACAACAAACACUUCAAAGCGAGCUCGGCUCAUGCCAGACAGACAGGCGGUCUUCUUCUCUUGUUCCAGAAUUGAGUUCCGCAGAUAGCUGCUGGCUUCAGCACCGACUUUCCUCUGUCCUGGAGUGUGAGCAGGACGCACCCUUAACUGCAGACUGCAGGUACUCCGUGCGUGUGUCCCCGCAGAUGGCAAACCGGAUCGUGGAUUCUGCAAGGAGCAUCCUCAACAAGUUCAUCCCCGAUAUCUAUAUUUACACAGACCACAUGAAAGGAGUCAGCUCUGGAAAGUCUCCGGGUUUCGGGUUGUCACUGGUUGCGGAAACCACCACUGGCGCCUUCCUCAGUGCCGAGCUGGCCUCCAACCCCCAGGGCCAGGGGGCUGCUGUGCUUCCGGAGGACCUCGGCCAGAACUGCGCCAAGCUGCUGCUCGAAGAGAUCUAUAGGGGUGGAUGUGUUGACUCGACCAACCAAAGCCUGGGUCUGUUGCUCAUGACCCUUGGACAGCAGGAUGUCUCCAAAGUCCUGCUAGGACCGCUGUCUCCCUACACGAUAGAGUUUUUGCGGCAUUUGAAGAGCUUUUUCCAGAUUAUGUUUAAAAUUGAAACCAAGCCAUGUGGCGAAGAACUCAAGGGUGGGGAUAAAGUGCUGCUGACCUGCGUUGGCGUUGGCUUCUCCAACCUUAGCAAGACCCUCAAGUGAUACUGUCACAAGAUGAGGCCCCACCGCCUACAAACAAAGCAGACGCUUGCCACGGACACCCAAGGGGACCAAGUCCAAAUUCAUCCAGGACAGGAGAGCCUCUUACCUUAAGGAUUUCUUCAUUUUCCAUUAAAAACAAAGUCAGAACAUUUAAAUAAAAGACCUCUCUGUGUCAUGUGGUUUCUAGCCGUUUCUGCAGUGGCAUUGACAUUCCUCAGGAAGCCCAGUCACGACAAGAGCUCCCGUAGCCCACGGGGAGGAAGAACGUGCCUUCAGGACACAGCUGUGUUGCUGGAGCAACCGCGCCCCUGCAUCUCCGCAGGGCUCACUCCGUCCGCAUCCCCGGCUUCUGUCGUGGCGCUGUUCUCCAGACCUGCAGGGUCCGUUACAGUUUCUUCUGCGAGGACUGACCGCUUUGAGCCUCGGUUUCUGGGUAGGGAUUAAAUGAGAUCAUAUGGGUGGAAGCUCUUUAUGUGGAACGCACGUGUCAAAAAUUGAUAAUGUGAAACUAAUUUGUCCCUCGUCUUGUGAACGGACUGAUAUCUUGGAGGCAGCUACCACUCUUCUCCGGUCCGUCACGUGUAUAUGUGGGGGAUGAGUGUCUGGAGAGGGCAGGGCUCGAUUAAACUUAUUGGAUAUUUUCUGUA